CAAGCCGAGCGUUGCUUUGUUCUCUCUGUUUUCUUGAUUUCACGUCUAGCUUGGUUCUUGCAUAUAUUCAAAAGACUUGACGAGCGCUGUUUUUUCUCCACUCAAUACCCCAGCGCACGACAUCUCCAUCACCAUCACUUCACUUCUUUCUUUGACAUAUUCUCACCGCACCACCUCGCUUGAAGAUACGGCCACCGUCACAUCGUACAACCCAAUCAACAACAUAGGCUCACCAGGUCACCGUCGCCAUGGUCAGCCAAUGUGCCAACCGUGAAGGCGGCUAUGAACUCUACGCCUACUCGCCCUCCUUACCCGCCGCCAUCAUCUUCAUUGCGAUCUUCGGCACCAGCGCUGUGUUACACAUCUGGCAAGCCGGGAAAAAGCGUUCCUGGUUCAUGACGCCGUUCAUCAUCGGUGGUCUAAUGGAAACCGUCGGCUACGUCGGCCGCGCCCUCUCGCACCACAACACCUGCUCCCUGACCCCCUACAUCAUACAGACGCUCCUCCUCCUCCUGGGCCCGGCCCUCUUCGCAGCCUCCAUCUACAUGAUCCUAGGCCGUAUCAUCCUCCUGACGGACGGCGAACCCUACGCCCUCAUCCGCCGCACCUGGCUCACCAAGAUCUUCGUCGGCGGCGACGUCCUCUGCUUCCUCAUGCAGCUCGCGGGCGGCGGCAUGCUGGCCAGCGCCGACGGCGAUCCGGACAAAGCCAAGCUAGGCGAGAACCUCGUCGUCGGGGGGCUCUUCGUGCAGCUCGCCUUCUUCGGCUUCUUCAUCCUCGUCGCCGCCCUCUUCCAAAUGCAAGGCCGCCACCAUCUCGCCGGCCUGCCGCAGAGCCUCAGCGCUUGGAGACGCCAUUUGUAUGUCUUGUACGGCACGAGUUUGCUCAUCCUCGUGCGCAGUGUUUUCCGCGUUGUGGAGUAUUUCCAGGGCGAGCACGGGUAUUUGCUUAGCCAUGAGGUGUUUUUGUAUAUCUUUGAUGCGUCGCUCAUGGCGGCGGCUAUGGUGGCUAUGAAUGUGGUGCAUCCGGGGGAUAUCGCGCUCUUGUUGAAGGGGAAGAGUUUGGAGGAUGGGAGGGAGGGGUUCUUGGAGCUGGAUAGUAGGGGCAUGGUCGAGGGUCAUGGAGUCGAUGGACAUUCGCGACAUUGGAGGUGAGGGAUGUAGAAGCAGGGGGAAUGACGACGGGUGAAAGGGGGGGGGGUUGACAUUUAAGCUUGAUGAUUUGCUGUGACUUUCUAUGAAACGCGAGGAAAGGGAUGUCAUAGAUUCAACCGUGACGGGCGUUCAUGUGGAUCAAAGAUACUUUGGGACAUGGGUUGGUAACGACGCGGCAUAUAGAGUAGAUGUAACUGAUUCACUGAAUAACAACAACCACUGAGAAGGAAC